AUGUAUGGAGAUUUGGUCAACAAGCUGGUACUCGAAGCCAAGCGGGCUCAACAAUUGAACGAAAGCUCAAAAUCUGAGCAUUUACCGAUGUAUCAGGACGAUUUAGUUCGAAACACAUUAAGGGAAAUUGAGCAAUUGAAGAGAGACGCAGAGUUGUUGAAAAGUCAACAGGAACUGAAUCAAGUGGAAGACAAGGUUGCACGGUGUCAACAUUUCGUGACGCUUCUUUGCAUGGAACGUAACAAGAGAGGCUUAUUGGCAUAUCAAAAACUGCGAAGUGACACUUUGGAUGCAAUGGCUUGGAAUAAACAUGGUUUGGACUCUGUCACAGCACUAGCCGCGGGGGAAGGUGCAGACGCGUCUCUGUCGCAUCAGGAAGAAGAGUAUUUGAAGGACUACACGCAAAUAAUUGCCGAUAUGAAAAGUGGAGAGUUUACUGAUAUCGAUUUGUCCGGCAGUUUGACGCCUCCCAGCGAUGUGUUCAUUGACGUGCGGGUGCUCAAGGACGCAGGUGAGAUUCAGACCGAAUAUGGUGUAUUCAAUCUUAUCAAGGAUUCCCAGUUUUUCGCACGUCAAGCAGACGUAGAACGACUUAUUCAACAGGGAUUCUUGCAGAGAUUGUAG